GCAGCCUCGGUCACACAGGAAAAGGAGGUUCUUACCUCUUAUAUCUGUCAUUCAGUCUGAUACUCAGUCAGUCAGCAGUGAAACAACAUGGAGGUCACAGCUCUCUGCUUCAGACUGAUGAACGUGUUGCUGCUGCUCGUUGUACAACUUCACCUCAGUUAUUCUCUGAAAGCUGACGCGGCCUUUCCUCAGGUUGUUCCAAACAGACAACAGCACUUUGAAUAUGAGCCCAUUACUGUCAGCUGUGAGGGACUGGAGGGACUGACUGGGUGGAGAGUGAUGAGGAAGACCAAGGGAGUCAGUACAAUUUGUUCCUCUACCUGGGAGACAUCAACAGGACCCUGUCAAAUUAAAACUGCAUACCCAACAGACAGUGGAGAAUACUGGUGUGAAAUGGGGGGUGUGAAGAGAAGCAACUCUGUCAGCAUCACUGUCACUGACGGUCCUGUGAUCCUGGAGAGUCCUGUUCUCCCUGUGAUGGAGGGAGAUAAUGUGACUCUGCGCUGUAGAAAGAAGCAGACGUCCUUCACCCUCACAGCUGGAUUCUAUAAAGAUGAAUGGUUCCUGGGGAGCAGCUCUACAGGAGAACUGACCAUCUACAGUGUGUCCAGGUCUGAUGAAGGACUGUACAGGUGCAGCAUCUCUGGAUCUGGAGAGUCAGCAGAGAGCUGGCUGACUGUCAGAGCUUAUAAAGAUCCUCAGCCUUCCCCUGAUCAUCCCCUUCAUCAUCCCUCUCAUGAACCUCCUCAUCACCCACCUCAAAAUCCCCCCCAGUUCUAUCUGCUGCUCGGACUUGGUGUCAGUGUUUUGUUGGUGGCUCUGCUGCUGUCGGUCGGACUGCUUCAAUGUAGGAAACAUCAAAUGACCAUCAGAGAGGAGUAG